AUGGCCUCGGCGGGCGCGCGGCGACUCCCCGCCGGGACGCGCGCCGCGGCCCGGGGCAGCUGCGGCCUCUCGACGCGCCGGGCUCCGCCCCCGGGACCUCCGCGACCGCUGGGACCAAUGAGAUUUCCGAUUUCCUGCAGCCUUUUCUUGCCCCGGGCUGCCCAGGUCUUGGCGACUGAGUCUGGCUUACCUCCCAGCCGUUCCUUCAUGGGCUUUGCUGCCCCGUUCACCAACAAGCGAAAGGCUUACUCUGAGCGUCGCAUCAUGGGGUACUCAAUGCAGGAGAUGUACGAGGUGGUAGCCAACGUCCAGGAGUAUCGUGAGUUUGUGCCCUGGUGUAAGAAGUCUUUGGUGGUGUCCAGCCGCAAAGGCCACUUGAAGGCCCAGUUGGAGGUUGGCUUUCCACCUGUGGUGGAACGGUACACUUCUGCUGUUUCCAUGGUCAAACCUCAUAUGGUCAAGGCUGUUUGCACUGAUGGCAAGCUCUUCAACCAUUUAGAGACCAUCUGGCGAUUCAGCCCUGGAAUUCCUGCCUAUCCUCGAACUUGCACUGUGGACUUUUCGAUUUCCUUUGAAUUUCGCUCUCUGCUGCACUCCCAGCUGGCCACCAUCUUUUUUGAUGAGGUUGUCAAAAAGAAUGUCGCUGCCUUCGAGCGCCGGGCAGCAACCAAGUUUGGUCCAGAAACAGCUGUCCCCCGUGAACUGAUGUUUCAUGAGGUGCACCAGGCUUGA